AUGGUCGUAACUGAGGUUUGCAUGCCGGAGGUAAGGCCGACGGGCGGCAAGGGCAACAAUACGCUGAAAAUCUCAUUCUCGGGCGGCCCCUUUUCUCCGAGCACCGAGGGAGGGCUGAGGAGUCUUCAUGCUGAGAAGCGCGCCAAGGGCAAGAAGGGCAAGAAGAAGAAGAAGGGCGGCGGGAGCGGCGGCGCUGGGCCAUCGCAGGAGUCCGAGGCGCCGGCAGAGGCAGCCGCAGCCAAGCCCGCGCCUUUGGACAAGGAGGGGCUGCUCAAGCUUCUCGCGGAGCUCCACGAGGACAGGAUCCGGUUCGGCAUCACGCCGGAGACGUCGGGCCAGGGCGCGGGAGGCGGCCUAGCCCGCGCGCAAGGACAGCUGGCGCAGUGGUAG